CGACAUGUUUUUGUUUAUUCCGAAAAGAUCAAAUUCGCACAUCUUCAAAUCGACUGUCCCUUAUUACUACAUAUUACGAAACAAUGGCAUAUUUGAGUGCUGAACAGAAAGCAAACCUAAAGAAAAUAGCAGAAUCGAUUGUAGCCCCUGGAAAGGGUAUACUUGCUGCAGAUGAAAGUACGGGAACAAUCGGAAAACGUUUUGCCAACAUCAACGUCGAUAACACUGAAGAAAAUCGCAGAGCUUACCGUGAACUUUUAUUUACAGCUGAUAAAAGUAUUGCAGACAGCCUUGGUGGGGUAAUUUUAUUUCACGAAACGUUAUAUCAAAAAGAUGGCAAUGGUAAACCAUUUGUUGAAAUCUUGAAAGAACUUGGCAUAAAUCCAGGAAUAAAAGUAGAUAAGGGUGUUCAACCCCUUGGGGGAACCGCAAAUGAAUGCACCACACAGGGUUUGGAUGGUUUAGGCGAACGUGUUGCACAAUAUGUUAAAGAUGGGUGUACAUUUGCUAAAUGGAGAUGCGUUAUUAAAAUUAAUCAAGCACACUGUGUUCCAACAGAUGUUGCUGUCCAGGAAAAUGCUCAAGUUCUUGCUCGUUAUGCUUCUAUAUGCCAGAUGAAUGGAUUGGUGCCUAUUGUCGAACCAGAAAUACUUAUUGAUGGCGACCAUUCCCUAGAAACCUCGUUACGAGUCACAGAACGAGUUCUGGCAUGUGUAUACAAAACUUUAGUUGAUCACCAUGUGUACCUGGAAGGUACCCUGUUAAAACCUAAUAUGGUAACCCCAGGACAAUUGCAUGCAAAGAAGGCUACACCAGAAGAAAUUGGACUUGCGACUGUUACUGCACUAAGGAGAACUGUGCCAGCAGCUGUACCAGGUGUUACUUUCUUAUCAGGAGGACAAUCCGAAUUGCAAGCUACCGCAAAUUUAAAUGCUAUUAACAAAGUGCAAUUGUUAAGACCUUGGGCUUUGACAUUCUCAUAUGGAAGAGCAUUGCAGGCGAGCGUUCUUCAGGCAUGGAGUGGAAAAAAAGAAAAUGUAGCUGAAGCCCAGAAAGUGCUAUUGCGAAGAGCUCAUUUGAACGGUCAAGCUGCUGUUGGAAAGUAUGAAGGUGAAGAAGGACAAGGAGCUGCAGGAAGCAGUUUGUUUGUUGCAAAUCAUCAAUACUAAACAAACUCGUCAUCUGUAUUUGUAGAUUUUCUUUUUAAAAAAAGGAUUCUUAGAGAAGAAAUUUCGUGGAAUCGAUUUUUUAUAUACGUACUUAAUCCAUUGCAGAGCCUUUCAAUAGUUUUUUGUCUUAUGUGAAUGUGUAUAAUCGGUGUUGUUGAUAAUUGCGUGACGCUUCAGUGUCAAUCUAAUCUAAUCUUACGAAUGUAUAUUUUCCCUAAAAUAAAUGGUUUGUUCAGUUGCAA